AUGGACUUUCUUCAGCGCCUCGCGCAAAUCCUCGACCGCCCGCUCUUCCCCUGGAGGAAGCUCAUCCUCGGCUUCUCCGUCGGCCAGUACAUCUUCGAGUCGCUCCUCACCCUGCGCCAGUACCGCGUUCUGCAGGCCACCAAGCCGCCCGCCGUCCUCGCCAAGGAGAUCCCCCAGGACACCUUUGACAAGUCCCAGGCCUAUGGCCGCGCCAAGGCCCGCUUCGGCCUCGUCAGCGGCCUUUGGUCCCAGAUCCAAAACUUUGCCUUCAUCCACUACGACGUACUCCCCAAGCUCUGGUCGCUGACCGGUGACUGGCUGCUGCGCUUCGCCCCGACCCGCUUCACUGGCGAGAUCAGCCACUCCAUCGUCUUCGUCCUCACCUUCAUCCUUGUUCAGCAGCUCCUCGGUCUCCCCGCCAAGCUCUACAGUACAUUUGUCCUCGAAGAGGAAUUUGGCUUCAACAAGCAAACUCCAACCCUCUUCGUCUCCGACAUGAUCAAGUCCAACCUCAUCCUCGCCACCAUCGUCCCCCCCAUCCUCGCCGGCUUCCUCAAGAUCAUCCAAAAGACCGGUACCGGCUUCGUCUUCUACCUCUGGGCCUUCUCCGCCGCCAUCCAGCUCUUCGCCAUCACCGCAUACCCCGUCUUCAUCCAGCCGCUCUUCAACAAGCUCUCCCCCCUCGAGGACGGCGAGCUCAAGGACAAGGUCAACGCCCUCGCCGACAAGUUCAAGUUCCCCCUCUCCGAGCUCUACGUCAUCGACGGCAGCAAGCGCAGCGCCCACUCCAACGCCUUUUUCUACGGCCUCCCCUGGAAGAAGCACAUUGUCAUCUACGAUACCCUGCUCGAGAAGAGCGAAACGGACGAGGUGCUCGCCAUUCUCGCCCACGAGCUCGGCCACUGGAAGCUCGGCCACACCACCCGUCUGUUCGGCAUCUCCCAGGUCAAUCUGCUCUACAUCUUUAGCCUCUUCUCCGUCUUCAUCAACAACAAGUCCCUCUAUGCCUCCUUUGGCUUCCAUAACAUCCACCCCAUCGUCAUCGGCUUCAUCCUCUUCUCCGACGCCCUCUCGCCCAUGGACACUGUCCUCCAGCUCGCCCUCAACAUGCUCUCACGCAAGUUCGAGUUCGAGGCUGACGACUUCGCCCUCGGUCUCGGCUUCAAGUCGAACCUGUCCACGGCCCUCAUCAAGCUCCACAAGCAGAACCUCAGCACCAUGGACGCUGACUGGGUGUACGCCAGCUACCACUUCUCCCACCCCCACCUGUCCGAGCGCCUCAAGGCCCUCGGCUGGGAGAGCGAUCGCAAGGUCGUCGUCGAGGAAGAAAAGGAGGGCGUUGUCAAGGCCUCUGGUCGCGAUGAGCUGUAA